UUACAUUUAUCGUCUCGCUCUCUCGAUGUGAAUAGUAUUUCCUUGUCAUGAGCUCUAAACUCAGACUGCUUGCUGUCAGCCAAGAUAUCUCUUGUAGGUUGGGACAGCUUCAUCCCCUGUCAGAUCUCUUCUCAAUUGGAGAGGUCAACAGUACAACGUAAACCGCACAAUCAUCUCCAACCCUGGCUCUCGGAAUGGCGAACGAAAGCGCGCACGAGAAAAUCAGUUAUGUAUCAAAUGUCGACGCUGCUCAUAACGAACAUGCCAAACCUGAUCAGCAAAAGCUGGACAAGACAGGAUUACCCCUCUCCCCCCAGCCGACAGACCUCAAAGACGACCCGUUGAACUGGUCACCAGCGCUGAAGUUCGCCAUCUGCAUACAGGCCUCAUUCCUCGCGUUUAUCGGCCCGCUCGCAAGCGCCGUCGUCAAUCCGGCCUUGGUGCAGCUUGCCGAAGCCUUCGCCAUCACGCCGGUGCAGGCGUCGUACGAGCUGACCGUGUUCCUCGUGUUCGCGGGCACGGGUCCCCUCUUCGUCCUGCCCAUCGCGAACAUAUACGGUCGCCGGCCCCUGCUGGUGAUCGCGUCGCUGCUGGCCGGCGUCACCAAUGUCGCCGCGGCGUAUAGCCCAUCGUGGCCGGGCAUACUGGUCACUCGGGUCUUCAACGGUAUCGCGACCGGCUGUCUGACGGCGCUCGGGCCGCCGAUCAUUUGCGAUGUCUAUUUUCUGCAUGAGAGGGGCUUCUACAUGGGGAUCUGGGCGUUGUUCGUGAAUAAUGGCGUACAUGUAGCACCUCUACUCGGUGGCCCUAUAGCGCAGAAUAUCGGUUGGAGAUGGUGCUUUGGCAUACCGGGCUAUAUCCAACUGGGCGUCGCGGUGGUAAUCGCCCUAUGCUUGCCCGAGACGCUAUUCAAUCGAACACGCCAAACCGGUGGUGAUGAUGCUAAGGAACGGACUUUUCUAGACUUGUUCUUCUUCCAGCGAUCUACUCUAUCACGAAGACGCAUCGCUUGGCGUGACUUCACUCAACCAUUUACAAUGCUUCGGUACCUUGCCGUGCUACUACCCGCCUUCUAUUACAUGACCUGUCUGGCGUAUGGAUCCGUGCUUUUUGCGACCACUGGAUCGGUUGUAUACAAGGAGAUCUAUGGCUUCAGCGUCACGCAGACUGGCCUGAUCCUAUCGAUCCCCUUGAUCAUUGGAAAUUUGAUCGGCGAGGCGGGAGCAGGUUGGUUUACUGAUUGGCUUUUAUACAUGCACGCUAAGCGACAUGACGGCAAGAGACCUCCCGAGGCACGUCUCGACGCACUGUGGUUUGCCCUUCUACUCCCUGUCGGGACGAUCAUCAAUGGUAUCUGCAUCAGCCACGCGGCGACGUCAAGCUGGGUUGGAAACGCUUUCGGCAUGGCGAUCGCGAACAUUGGGUUUCAGGUCUCGACAACUGUCAUAUAUGCCUAUUGCACCGAUUGCUACAAGCCUCAGAGCACAGAGGUCUCAGCCGUAUUCAACUUCUUUCGACAUAUCUUCAGUGGUCUCGUGUCUUUCUACGCUCUGCCUCUCGCGAAUAACAUCGGUUUUCAGUAUGCAUGGCUUGUUUUCAGUUUUAUCAAUAUCGCCCUACUUUUACCCCUGGCCGUGUUGCGGUGGAGAGGGGAGGAGAUCAGACAAAGCGCAUGGCAGAAGCCCCCAAUUUUCCAUAACGACAUAUAAUCGGAGAAGUCUUAUGUAUUAGAGAAAGAGAAAUUAAGGUCGGUAUCAAGAUAUAGUAACCCAGUCGCCACUUAAGUAGGAUACAGUACUCCUGACUGGCGGGCUGGUACUAAGUUAGACCGGAAUCUCGAAAAAGGGGGCGGAUAAGAUAAACACCUCCCUCGUAGGUUAAUACGCCGAGAGCAAAACGGAGGCUCGCCGGCUACGAGGAGACGG